AUACAUUCAGAAGAAGUCAAGACCAUUGGUUUGAGCUACUUCUAAUGGCAGAGACAACCAAGAAAAAUGGGCACAUCGUGAUGGUACCCUUAAUGGCACAAGGCCACAUCAUCCCAUUACUGGCACUAGCAAGAAAAAUCCUACACUCAACGACGAUCUUCACCAUCACCAUAGCCACCACCCCUCUCAACAUUCAACACCUUCGAUCUGCACUUUCUUCUUCUCCUUAUCAAAUCCGUCUUUCUGAGUUGCCAUACAACUCUACCCAACAUGGUUUGCCACCCAACACAGAGACCACCGAGAACUUAACUCCCACUCAAAUAAUCAAACUUUUUCGUUCCACACACGCCCUUGAAGCUCCUCUUCGCUCUCUGAUAUCGCAGAUCGCAGAAGAAGAGGGUCAUCCUCCACUAUGCACAAUAUCUGACUCUCUCUUGGGUUGGGUUAACAAUGUUGCAAAAAGCUUAGGCAUUAGGAAUAUCUGUUUUUCCUCUUCUGGUGCAUAUGGAACUUUGGCCUAUUUCUCUAUCUGGGCCAACCUCCCUCACAGGAAAACGCACUCUGAUGAGUUCUGGGUUCCGGGCUUUCCUCAAAACCACCGCUUCCACCGCACUCAAUUGCAUGGAUUUCUAAGAGAAGCUGAUGGCAAUGAUGACUGGUCACAGUGUUUCCUUCCACAGAUUGCGCUUUCUAUGAAGUCUGAUGGAUGGGUUUGCAACACUGUUGAGGAAUUAGAGCCUCUGGGGUUGCAGCUUCUGAGGGACUUCCUUCAACUUCCUGUUUGGGCUGUGGGGCCUAUCCUUCCAUCUUCUGCACUCUAGGGUUCAAAACAUCGCACAGGAAAGGAAUCUGGCGUGACUCUUGAAGCGUGCAUGGAGUGGCUGGAUUUGAAAGAUGAGAAUUCUGUUGUCUACGUUUCUUUUGGGUCGCAGAACACGAUCAGUGCCUCCCAAAUGAUGGCGUUGGCGGAAGGGUUGGAAAAGAGUGGGAGAUCGUUUAUUUGGGUUGUGAGGCCACCUGUUGGUUUUGACAUUGAUGGAGAGUUC